AUUCCUUUGAUGGAAGGCAGAGAUUAUAUAGCGUCCAUUCCUUGAGCAUUGAGGACAAAUUAUGCUGCUUUCAUGUUUGCAUAGAUUUUAACUUUAUCUGAAGCUGGGAAUUUGACACUUUUUUUUUGUUUCUUUGUUAGUUUGUGAUGUAUAUAAAUGAAUUAGAAUAUUUUAUUCUUGAACACUUGUUUUGGAAGUAAAACAAAGAAAUGGAGAGACAGGCACCAUUUGAAGGAACAACUGGAGAUGGUUAUGAUGCUAUUGUUGUAGGCUCAGGAUAUGGUGGCUCUAUUGCUGCUUGUCGGUUGUCAGUGGCAGGAAGGAAGGUCUGUUUAAUAGAGAAAGGCCGAAGAUGGAAAGCUGAAGAUUUCCCUACUGACACUUUGCGUAUCAUGUCAACUGUGAGGUUGGAGAACCAGAAUUUGGGCAUCAGGUUUGGCCCAGAAGAUGCUUUAUUUCAGGUAUAUGUACAAAAUGAUUCUCUAGCAGCCGUGGCUUGUGGGCUAGGUGGUGGUUCCCUAGUCAAUGCUGGAGUUAUGCUUCCAACUCCUGUUAGUGCUAGAAGGAAUUCAAAAUGGCCUAAGGAAUGGGAAACAGAUUGGGGCAUAUGUGAAGCUUCUGCUGCAGCAAUGCUGAGAAUACAGAGCGUUCCAGUCAAGUUUCCCAGUGCAGAAGUAAUGGAAGAAAUAGCUGAAAGUGACACUGAAGGAACUCCUGAAAGCAUAAUGAAGCUCAGCAUGAAUUUUGAUGUUGAAGAAUGUGCAUCCAAUUCUUUGAAGCUUCAACAAAUGAAUAGCUGCUUAGCCUGUGGAAAUUGCAUUGCUGGGUGUCCUUAUGAUGCCAAAAAUUCUACUGAUAAAAAUUAUCUUAUUUCAGCAGUCCAGGCAAAUUUUGUGUUUUUUUGUGUUUCCUCUUUUCUAUUCUAUAGCUGGCUAAUUUUAUUAAUUGCAUAUUUAUCUUUGCGGUGGAUAUAGUUGCUUGCAA